CAGAUAAAGAAUUUUUUAAAAGUUAUCUAAAAUAAAAAGAAAAAUAUUUCAUAAAUUUUUGACCCAAAGGAAAACGAAAAUUCCUUGUCUACGCUCUAUGUAAACUGCGACGCGAAACUCGUUGGAAGUAGUCCCAAUUGGGAAGAUUCUUCAGCAUUUUUUUAACUGUCAACAACUCGCUUCAACUCGCUUGCAAAGCACAGAAAACGGCGCAGUGAGUUGGUGGAAGUGUUUGUAAUCGUGUGUUGCCGGCUGCCACAUGAAUUUUGAAAAAUUUCCGCGUAGGAGCAACGAGUUUAAGUGGCAGCAACGCGGCCCUACAGUAAGCUGCAGGCAUUAGGGGUCGCCACACAUACUCGUACACGGUGUAAUACGAGAAAAACACACACACACUGCCCGUUGCAACAACACGAUUUUUUACUACCGAUGCGCGAAGGCACGCAAAGCAGACGUGCAGCAGAGAAACCGAAAUAGAAUAAAAUACAAAAUAAUAUAAACAACAACAAUAACGAAUAGUGUAUUUUAAAUAAAAAGUGAAAUAUUAACGGAAAGAAAGUCUGAUAAAAAAGAAACGAAGAAAAAGUGCUUACUCUGAACCCCGUGCCCCACCGCUCGUCGUGUGUUACCCCAACAAGCUUGCCAAAAUGCAAGUUCAAGUUCAGCGUUCUUGAGCUACUUAAGCUACAAGGCUUGCGCUAGCAACGUGCCACAUCGCCUGCAAUUGGUACGUUCAUCCGUCGGUCGGUCGAUCGGUCGGUCGGUCGGUCGUUCGCUCGUUCGUUUGGCCAUUAAUACUUGUUGUGGUCGCGGCAGCAUGAAAUCGAAAUCGAAAUUGAAAUUGAAAAUGGCAAAUACAAAUACACAAAAUCAAAGAAACGGUGGCAGUGGUGGUGGUGGCAGCAGCAGAAGUUGCAACAUUGGUGGCAGCGUCAGCAAUAAAAAUGCACAUAAUGCCAUUAGUGUUGUUGCUCUGUUUGGUCGUGCUAUAAACAUGUCACGCAACACUGGCAGCACGUCAUCAUUCGCUACAACAACAAAUAAUAUAACAACACUGUUGCCACAUUGUGCUGGCCGGCAGCGACAUGGUUGUAGGAAACAUAAUGUUGGCGGCUAUGAAUCAGUAAUAGCAACAACAAAGACAACAACAACACACACCGGAUUACUCUUUCGAAUUGCACUUUUAUUGGCUUUUCUGCUGUCUCUCGGCGUUGGUGUUGAAGCUCAAUAUCAAUCACCGCGUAUAAUCGAGCAUCCAACUGAUUUGGUUGUGAAAAAGAAUGAACCUGCCACAUUGAAUUGCAAAGUCGAAGGCAAACCGGAGCCGACAAUUGAAUGGUUUAAGGAUGGCGAACCGGUGAAUACCAAUGAAAAGAAAUCACAUCGUGUUCUCUUCAAGGACGGCGCACUCUUCUUCUAUCGCACCAUGAUGAGUAAAAAGGAGCAGGAUAGUGGUGUCUAUUGGUGUGUGGCUAAGAAUCAUGUUGGGAAGGCGGUGAGUCGAAAGGCCACAUUACAAAUUGCCGUUUUACGCGAUGACUUCCGUUCUCAACCGAAGGAUACACGGGUAGCAAAAGGCGAAACAGCAUUACUGGAAUGUGGACCACCUAAGGGUACACCAGAGCCGGCGCUAAUAUGGGUUAAGGACGGUGUACCGUUAGAUGAUUUAAAAAUGAAAUCUUAUGGACCCUCAUCACGUAUACGCGUCGUCGAUGGUGGCAAUUUAUUGAUAAGCAACGUGGAGCCCAUCGAUGAGGGCAACUAUAAAUGCAUUGCACAGAAUUUGGUUGGCACACGCGAGUCCAGUUAUGCUAAAUUAAUUGUACAAGUCAAACCGUACUUCAUGAAGGAGCCACAAGAUCUCACCGCACUCUCUGGCCAAACGGUACAAUUUCAUUGCCUCGUUGGCGGCGAUCCGCCACCGAAAAUUUUAUGGAAGAAAGAGGAGGGCAACAUACCCGUGGCUCGUGCGCGCAUACAACACGAUGACAAAAGUUUAGAAAUCACCAAUAUUUCGCCCGCCGACGAGGGCACGUAUGUGUGUGAGGCGCACAAUAGUGUGGGACAGAUAAGUGCGCGCGCGUCGCUGACGGUGCAUGCACCGCCCACAUUCGUUGUGAAGCCGCAAGACAAAAAGAUCGGUCUGAAUGGCGUUGCUCAGUUUCCUUGCGUUGCCGAUGGCAAUCCGCCGCCUUCGGUCUUUUGGACAAAAGAAGGCUCACCAACACUGAUGUUCCCAAACAAUUCCUAUGGCCACAUGCAUGUCUCUGUCGAAGGUACACUCCAAUUGAGUGGCGUACAAAAGGACGAUGCCGGUUAUUACGUGUGUUCGGCAUUUAGCGUGGUGGACUCGACAACGAUACGGGCAUUCUUGCAGGUUACCUCUGUAGAUGAUACCCCACCGCCGAUCAUACAAAUUGGUCCCUCAAAUCAAACAUUACCAAAAGGCAGUGUUGCCAUGUUACCAUGUCGCGCAUCAGGCAAUCCAACGCCACGCGUCAAGUGGUACAAGGAUGGGACAAUGCUGCAGAGUGGCAAUCGUUAUACGAUAGUGCAGGGUGGUUCGCUGCGUAUUGAUGAUUUACAACAAAGUGAUUCAGGUCUAUUCACAUGCACAGCAUCCUCAGAGAGCGGCGAAACAUCGUGGUCAGCUACAUUGACGGUGGAAAAGGGUAGUUCAUCGCUGCUCCAUCGCUCGGUGGAUCCCAGCGCUUAUCCGGCACCGCCCGGCACACCAAAGGUGGUGAACGUCACACAGCAUAGCAUCGGCUUGCGUUGGUCGCGCAGCCAAGAGAAGCCGGGAGCGACCAGUCCAAUUAUCGGUUACACCGUGGAGUACUUUAGUUCGGAUCUACAAACAGGUUGGGUGAUUGCCGCACAUCGUGUGCCUGAUCAGCAAAUAACGAUUUCUGGCUUGAAACCAGCCACUUCAUAUGUCUUUCUUAUUAGAGCUGAGAACUCACACGGGCUCUCGGUGCCAUCCGGUCUCUCGAAUGUUAUCAAAACUUUAGGCACGGAAUCGGGUACAGUGCCGCCAAGUGAAAUUUCAGCAGCGCGUGGAGUGUUAAGUGGCAAGGUUGUCGAAUUAAUUGAUGCCGCAGCAAUUAAUUCCACCGCUGUGCGUCUGGAUUGGGUUAUGCAUGUGAGUGUGACGGAGAAAUAUGUCGAGGGUCUUUAUGUACGUUAUCGCGAUAUAAGCGCCAAUUCGCAACAAUAUAAUAUUUUAACUGUGUUAAAUCCUUCGAUUGAGUCGCACGUUAUUGGCAAUCUAAAGGAAUAUACGAAAUAUGAGUUCUUCUUGGCGCCUUUCUACCAGACGUUGGAGGGUCAGCCGAGUAAUUCGAAAAUUGUGCAGACAUAUGAAGAUGUGCCCUCCGCUCCACCGGACAACAUCCAAAUUGGCAUGUACAAUUUGACGGCGGGUUGGGUACGUUGGUCACCGCCACCGCCGCAGCAUCAUAACGGCAACUUGUUGGGCUAUAAAAUUGAGGUGGCUGCUGGAAGUACGCUUAAGGUUUUAGCCAAUAUGACACUUAAUGCAACAACCACAUCAGUGCUACUGAAUAAUUUAACAACUGGUGCUACAUACAAUGUACGACUGAAUUCUUAUACUAAAGCCGGUGAAGGACCUUAUGCUGAGCCAGUCUCGCUCUUCAUGGACCCCACACAUCUGGUACACCCACCACGUGCUCAUCCCAGCGGCUCACACAGCGGCAUUGCCGGCAGUCACGGUCAUCCUGGUGGCGCCGGUGCCAUGGACGGUGGUCAUUAUGCCUAUCACCCAGCUGGCAUGCCGGACGAUGCGGCAACCACAACCACACAUCAUAAAUCAACGAAUGUGGUGCAUCAGACAUGGUUUAUGGUAUUGGUGAUAGUCUUUCUGCUGGCCAUAUUCUUUGUCACCAUCGGUGUGAUGGUAUUCUUUAAACGACGACACAAGUUGACCAAGGAGCUGGGUCAUUUAAGUGUAGUCAGCGCCAACGAAAUCACCGCACUAAAUAUUAAUGGCAAGGAUAGUUUGUGGAUUGACCGCGGCUGGCGCACCACCGACACGGACAAGGAUUCCGGCUUGAGCGAGACGAAGCUGCUAUCGAAUGCCAACAGCCAGUCGAAUUAUACCUCAGACGGUGGCACCGACUAUGCGGAAGUGGAUACGCGGAAUAUGAGCACAUUCUACAACUGUCGUAAGAGCCCUGAGAAUCCCACACCUUACGCCACGACCAUGAUUGUUGGCGCCUCAUCGACGGAGACUACCUGCAUGAAGACCUCUUCGUCGAGCACCGAUCAAGAUUCAGGCACGAACUCACCGCAUUCCGAUAGCAAUACGCCACAGUGUGGAGGUGGUGGCGGUGGGGCAGCCUCUGUGCCAGUUAUGCCAACUGCGGGCAGUGGCAAACACGGCUAUCAUCCAUAUCCGCCAGAACAAUUUAAUUGGUCAGAAUUCUUGCCACCACCACCAGAACAUCCACCACCGCUGCCAAGCGGCUGCAACAGUGGUGGCGUCGGCGUCGGCAUGGGAGGCAAUGGCACAGGAGGCGUCAUCUACGCGCCAGGCUCACCACAAUCUUCACGCAAAAGCUCGAAGAGCGGUGGCUCGGGCAUGUCGACACAUCAAAGCAGCGCUUUGAACUCUUCCAUACACAGCAGCUCUUCGGGCGGUUUCUCAACGUGGGGUGUAGCGCCGCAAUGUGUUGCCUCGCGGCCAACGGAGAAUUACUACAACAAUCCGUUACCCUGUGUGGGCGGCGCACAGAAUCGUUACCAGAUUACGCCAACCGGCCAACAUCCGCCACCAUUACCGCCAUACUUUCCACCCGGUGCCGCGGGCACAGCACAAUUACCGCCACGCAACAUACAUAUCCACUACCCAGCGCCCAGGCAUGCAAUGAGCGAGUACCAGCCGACGGGCACGAAUAACUCACGCUGUUCCAAUGGACGCGCCUGCAAUAGUUGUGACGCGCUCGCCUCACCACUCCAACCACUGCCCACACCCGGCGACGGCUGGUAUCAGCCGCUGCAGGCGCACAUGCCGUCCAGCGCCGGCGGCGCCAAUCCCAUUUAUCAAUGUUCCUCGGAGUGUUCAGACCAUUCGCGUCACUCACAUACGCACACACAUACGCACGCUCACGCACAUACACAUCAGCCGCACCACGGUCAGCACCUGCACACGCAUCAGCAUCACACACACGCAUCGUCAACGCAUGCGGGCAACGGCAACGACACAAUGCGCUCGGAGAGCAGCCAAGAGGGUGGCAAAGGAAAUUAUUGCCGUCAAAAGCCAAGUGGCGGCAGCAGUAAUGGCGGUUACGCGGACAUCAACGAGGCGACGGAACGCGAACACAUGCUGAAGGGCGGUGGUGGCGGCGGCGGCGGCGUUGGCUGUGGCAAUGGCAACACCAGCACGCUGGGCGGCAGCUCGUCCUGCGGUUAUGAGGUGUUAGGCGAUCAUCGAAAUUGCAGCGACUGUUGCAGCAGCUCACGCGAAGGUGAUACCUGUUCAUGGAGUGAUGGCUCCUGCCUGUAUGCGGAGGCGGGCGAACCGGGUAUGCCACCUAGUGGUGGUGGCAGUGGCGGCGCUGUUGUUGCUGCCGGUAAGCUUGUGACGCAACAGGGCAAUUGAUAUGCGGCCGGUGUGAGCGAUGUGGUCAUGUACUUUUAGUGGUUGCCCACAGUGCAGCUGCCGAUGUAUGGGUAUGCUGUAGGGGAAGCAAGUGCAGGUGGUGGCGGCAGCUGUAGCGGCGCGAGCAAGGUUAGCAGCGGUGCAGCGCUAAUUUGUGAGUAGUAUUAAGCGCUGAAUAUAACGGUUUAGUAUAUAUAUGUAUGUAAGUAGUUAAGUAUUUGUAGGUUGUAUGUAUGCGUAGGCUAAGUAAGCGAUUUAAGGAAGCUGUAAUGGGAAAAUGUGUGUAUGGGAAGGAUCACAUAAAGACCGUUAGACACAUGGUAUAACAUGAAACAUAAACAGAGCUGAUAAAAAGAAAAAUAAAAAAAUUAAAAAUAACAAAGAAAAGACUUUAAAGCAGCACUAGCUGCCAACUGACUGACAGUUAUCAAUAUUUCAAUGCACUAAUGGCAUUUGUUUUCGUUGCCUACCUUUAGGCGUUUAAUACAAAUCUAGAAUUAAUAACACUGCUUGCAACUAUUUUGAACAUAUUUAUGAAAACACAAAGUUUCAGACUUAUUUUUGAGUGUAUUUCACGUAUAGGAGCACCACCUCCCGCACUUUCUUGUAUGUGCAUAUUUCGUUUCAUUCUAAGUUAACCCUCUAAAGUCGCCUUUUCGCUCUGUGCACACUUUCUCGCGUGACUGCAGCACAUUUUGCUUGCCAACAGAGCGUUGCCAAAGCAAUUUAACAGCGCACAAACAUUAGCAAAAUAACAACAACAACACACCGGUAGCGAUAUAUAACACAGUAGAUGCUCAAAAAUCACCUUCAAACCAACUAAGUUUUGUAUCAGCGUGACAAUUUUAAAAAUGGCCACCCUUUAGUAGCGACUCCAUCGCUCAAUUCAAAUGUAAAUUGGCGACAAUUUUCUUUCAAAUGCAAAUAGUGAGCCAGACAGUCCUACAAAGUACUUUUGCUUGCCAUUAUGGAAGACAAAUUAUGUUUGUUGACUCUUUCGCAUAAAUAUUACCAAUGUAUAGGUGCGCUUUUGUUAAACAGUUAAAUUUAUAUAACUGUCUUCUACAGUGGCACAUACAUAUAUACAAGUAUUUGUGCCUACGCUCAAUAGCUUUUCAAUAUAACUCGGCUUUAUGCCUUAACUGCAAACGUUUUGUCUCAAUAUGUCUUUUCCUCCUUUCGCUCCCUGCUCAUUCGCAAAUUUUUCAAUCACCAAACACGCGAUUUACGCUUUCAAACCACUUUGCGUUCAGGCAUUUCUCGCGUGGCUUCCUUUGCAAUUUGCUCCUUUGCUCCUUAAGGUGGCGGCAAGCCGUUUUUCGUACAAUUUAUCAUAGUGCUGGUAUAAAUCUUCGGCAAUGUAGGGUAUAAAAACAUAGUUUAUGUCCCAAUAAAUUACCGUUUGGAGUGAUAAAUGAAUGAUUUGCUUAGCAGUUGGCGGGCGUGGAGAAAAUUCGGUUGAUUUUCGUUUAAAAACGCGAAGACACGAGGCACCUGUGUACUUUGAUAUAUUUUGUAGAAAUUUUGGAACUUUUUUAAAAGAUAAGAAAUAUGUGACAGGAUUUUAGUUGAAGAGAGGGAGGACUUUUUAAUGGUCAAAAAUAGUUGCAGGAGAAUUUAUGUUAUUGAUUUUCAACUUUAACAAAGCUGCCAACUGCUUUAAGAAAACAUUACUAUACCAGUUUAAGUGCUUCUUUUCUUAAAAUAGAAUUGGUUUUUUUUUCAAUUUAAAUAUACUUAGAAUUAUUUGUUUUUCUUCUAUAUUAAAAUUUAUC